AUGAUCUUACUUCCUUUCUUCGCAUAUCUACUUCACGCUCAUGGAAAGCACCCAUGCGGUCACUCAAUGCUUAAGCUAAAACCAAUUCUCCCACCAAUUUCCAAUAAAACUCACAAGGUGGCCGCCGAAGAUUAUCCAUUUAAACCAAUCAGAAUCCAAAUUGACUAUGGCUAUAUUGAUGGGACCAAGAAUGAUCCAUUGCGUUGCACAAGCGUCGGACAGGAAAUUACAUGGAAUGGAUUUACUUAUAUUUGCCUUCAAUACGAUGUUCUUAAUGCCAGUACUCGAACAGCAAUUCAUGAAACAUUAGACAAUGUAAAAGCUUAUGCAGAGAAGCUUUUAGGUGUCCAACAAACAGUAAACGAGUUCACAUUAGUAAAUAUGGAUGGUUCGCUUCCAAUUGAUGACACAGAAGUCAUUAAAAACAUUGAUAUGCAUUUUACCGUAUUUGUUCGUCCUUUCGGCGAGGGAUCUGCUGUUCUUGCUGCCGCUGCGCCACUUAAUGCUACAGAAGAUUUCUACAGACCAAUUCAAGGAGUAAUAUACAUCAAUGCUGUUCAGUUCGGAGAAGCAUCUUCUAACUAUGAUUCAUGGGACAAUGGAAACUUUUAUAUAUUAUUCCACGAAAUGACACAUGCUUUUGGAAUGACUCCUAUACUUUAUCGGCAUUUUCAUCCAGAAAACUCUAAUAUCCCAUACGAAACCUAUGGUUGCCAACUUACUAGAGAUGGAAAACAAUUUACUUACCUCACCACACCACAAGCACAUAUUUAUGCUAAAAAGCACUUUGGCGAGGAAUACUUCUACGGUGAUAAUGGCGAAAAGUGCCCUUCUGGAAUAGAACUCGAAAAUGGCCCUGGAGCUGGAACUGCAAUGUCACAUCCAGAGGCAAGAGUUUAUCUUAGUGAUUACAUGGUUGGCGAAACAAUCCAAACUGGUCCAUUCCCAUUCAACAGAGUCACAGAUGUCUCAAUGUCCUUCUUAAUUGAUUCAGGAAACUACCAUAUUAACUAUUCUAUGAUACAACCAAUUCUUUGGGGCAACGGUGAAUCAAUUGAUGGCAAUCCAAUCAAAGGAUUUGCAACAGAACCACCAGUUUACUCCUUCCCAUCAUAUUAUUUGUACAAUGAUACAUAUGGUAGUUUAUCAGGAUUCGAUUUCAAGUUCUUUGGUAGAGCAGCUGCAACCAAAAGAGUUUCUUGUCCACCAAGCAAAGAAAGAUUUGCUGAAUAUUGCAAUGGAAUCGAAUUUUAUAAUCCAACAAAUUCUCGUAUUAUUGGAUAUGAUUAUAUUUAUGAUUACGUUCCUACCGUCUUCCCAACUUAUGUCUGUCCAAAAGGAACAGCUAUAUUACCAGAUAUGUUAUCAUGUGGCAGUUUCACAUGCAACAAAGACUUUACUGAAUUCACAAUAGAUGCAGUUCCAAAAGAUGAUGAAAACGAACGUCAAACUCUCACUUGCAAAGAAGGCGAUGAAAAUAAGUCUACUACAUUUAAUAUCAAGUAUAAAGGUCAAUUACAUAAUGUUAAAAUGGGUUGUAUCAGUCCAAACAGAUUCUGCAGAUCAACAACAAUGCAUGAUAUGACAUUUACCACUGACCCAUUUGAUGAAAAUACUGAUUUGGGAUUACCAAACUCUCAAAAACAGAAUAGCUCUUUUCCAAAGUGGGCCAUCGCUGUUAUUGUAAUAGUUGUUAUUCUUCUUAUUAUUGUUAUAAUAGGAGCAGUUUGGUAUGUCCUUCGUAGUAGAAGAAAUACUGAUUUGAUAGCUCCUUAA